UAUCUGGAAGGAGUGACGACUCAGUCCCACAAUGCCAGUCCUUUUGUCUGUUUACGAAUGUUCAACGAUUCCUUCUAAGAGACGUCUUUAACCUCAUCUUCUUCUUCUUCUAGUACCUCUCUCUCUCUCUCUCUCUCUCUCUCUCUCUCUCUCUCUCUGUUCAGCCAACCUCCCCCCUCGCAUGCUAGCAGACAAUACAGCAAAUAGAGCAGCGGAAGAAGAAAAAUAAUUAAGAAAAAGAUGGUGAUUAUAACGUCGUCGCAACUUGGCAUGGGCUCCUCAGAAUGGCCACAGAUCCAAGAGGGAAGCACCUUGAUGGCACCGUCGUCUUCUUCUAGGCUUAUGGAGCAGGCAGGCGGCCUUAAGAACCCCACUGAUCCGGCUAUCAAGUGCCCCAGAUGUGACUCCUCAAACACCAAGUUCUGUUACUACAACAAUUAUAGCCUCUCGCAGCCAAGGCACUUCUGCAAGACAUGCAAGCGCUAUUGGACCAGAGGGGGCACACUGAGGAACGUUCCUGUGGGUGGUGGCUGUAGGAAGAACAAGCGGGUAAAGAAGAUCAACGUCAGCCAUGAUCAUGGCCUCCCUUCUUCUCAUCUGGAACAAACAGGUGCACCAGCAAACACGGUGUCCUCAUCUCAAUCAACCCUACCCCCUUCUUCCUCAGCCGCCGCCACUACUGCAACUACUUCCGCCACCAUCACCACCAACCUCCAAAGCUCAAUUUUUAUCAAUCCUGAACUCAGUGUCAACAGCUCGCUUCUGUGCUCUCUGAAAUCGUUGCUCCCUUCUGGUUUAGGCUUCUCAACAAAGGAGAACUCUCCCGAAUGCAGUUUAUUACCUGCAGGUCAGACCGGGAUGAACAACACGGUACUCCAGUUACCUGCAGCAGCUUCCCUCUUUUCAGUCACAACAUUUCCACAUCUGGGUAAUUCUCUGGAACUCUUGAAUGGUCACGUUUCAAAUGAUACGAUAUCAGAGGCUGAGUGGCGGCAGGUUCAGCAGCAGAACUUUUUCCUGCCAUUAGAAGAGUUGGGCACUGCCGGUGCUCAACCAAAGAUGACUGAAGGGACUCUGAGAAACAUGGGGGUGAAGAUUGAGAAGGAGAGUAACAGGAUGCGUCAGCUGGACUGGCAGGAGUCGAAUCAUAGCAUGUUUGAGACAAGCAAUAAUAGUGAUCCAUCUCUAUAUUGGAAUACAAGUCUUGGGCCAUGGCCUGAUGUCCCAAAUUAUGGCUCAUCCUCAAUUGCUUCUUUCAUGUAAUGAAGAGAAAGCAACACACCUGAGAAAUAUUGGGAACCUAUGCAACACCUUCCUGGUCUGGAUUUCUCUUCUCUCUCUCUCUUCUCUUGCGUCUUUUUUUUUUCCCUUUCUGUGGGCUUUUUUCCUUUUUCUGGGUUAAGGCAGGAAUGGUUAGAAGUUUUCAUGGUGAGCUCAUGUUUUUUUUCCUAGUGAUUCUAAGUCACAAAAAAAGAAAAUGUAAGAAAAGAAGGAAGAAGAAACGAAAUACGGAUCGGAGUGUUCAUGUCGGAUGCAAAAGUUGAUAGAGAUUUGCACUGAGAGGAGCCUUGGAUCCUUUUACUAGUAAUAUAGUAUGAAUGUUGAGUUGAAGGAAUCAAAGAUGAGAAGAUCCUGGUUUUUGUCUAAUUCCUGAUCAAUCCUUUCCCCUUGUUCGAUGCCGAACUAUGCAACUUUGUACGUAAAUUUAUGCAUGAUAUAUUCCCCUUUUAAUUAAAUUCAUAGUUGGACAAACGAGGACCAUGGUUUUCUUGAGAUUGAUUCAGUGGAAUGGAUGUAAUUCUAGUUUUCCUUUUUUAACUAAUAAACUGCAUGGAUGAAUGUUUCACUUUUCCUUUUUGCUUUUGCUUUUCUCUGCUACUGUUUCAUUUAGGUGCAUGGAGGAUCGUGCACCAGAACAGUGACUGGACAUUGCAGUUUUUGUAGUCCAUUAAAGCAACUUUUGAUGAUGAAAGGAUUGGGAAUUGUUCAACUUUACUCUGUCCUUGUUCUUGCUACUA